GAAUAUAAGUUUCGAAAAAUGUUAAUGGGAAGGACUCGUUUCCCGCUUGAAUUUUUGGAAGUUGAAUUACUUAAAUGUGGAUCAAAGAUCGAAUAUGAAAUCUGUGCCGAAGAAACGAUUAAAAGCAAAUAAAUUAAAUAAACGUAAUUACGAAAGAGAGGUUGCGCAUGAGAUACAUUUACCCGCGGAGACUGUGUUUUCAGGUAUGGGUACCGCUACUAGCUUCAAAAGAACUCCGCAAUCACCAAAUGUUUCAUCCGUUUUCAUUUCCACCGAGUCUCGAAAUAUAUUUUCAGGACAAGCAACUGUAAAGGAUUUAAAUCCAAUAGCGAUCAAGUUAGAGCAAUUAUCAAAUUUUCCAGCCGAGCUGAUUAUUGAAAAUGGUUUCAAAUAUUUGUACGUAAAAAUUCCUUUUCUGAAUCACACGAUCAUCACACCAUACUAUACUCCAAAUAGAAUAAUGUAUUUCGAAUUUAUUAAAUGCUUCCUUUGCAAGGAGAUCAGUCCAGAAGAACUAAUUAAUUUUCUUACUACAAAAUUUCUCAUUGUCGAGGUAAGAUGAAAUUAAUAUUUUCAGAAUGAAAUUCAUUAAAUUAAUGGAUCAAUAUUUUUCUGUUUAGAUCAUUUGGCAUAACG